AGCCUGGAGAAACAAAACAACAUGGCUUCUGAAGUGAAAGGUUUCAGUCAAUUCCUUCCGUAAAACUUCCUUUUUUUUAUCUCAGAUACCAUCACUUGACUUGGCGACUAGAAUGUUUGUAACGUCUUCUCAGAAAUAUAUCAUGAGUGGCCAGCAGCAGCAGAAUACAGAGAUUGAGAGACAGAAUCUACUUGAUAGAUUACUUGAUGCCGUGAAACAGUGCCAAGUUAGAUUUGGUGGAAAAACAGAACUUGCCACAGAUGGAGACAGCAGGGUCAUUUGCUUGUUAACACAGUUGGAAGCAGUUUUCCAACAUGGCUUUAAAAAAUCCAGAGUUAGUGCAUUUAGGCAAGUUGGUCAAGCAGCAGGAAUAGUAAAAUUAGACCCAGAUUCAGCCUUUUGGAGCUUUGUGAAAGCUCACUUGGGAAAACUUGACCUGGACAGAUUUCUUGAGCUUCAGAAAGCAACAACAGAUGCAGGACGAGGUCGUGCUUGGUUAAGGUCCUCACUGAAUGAACACUCACUGGAACGAUAUUUUCACAACAUGCUGCUUGAUCAAACCCUCUUAAGUCAGUUUUAUGAGAAGGAAGCUUUCCUCAUGGAUCAAGAACGUGCCAGUAUGCUGCCCAUGAUUGCUGCAGGUUUGAGCUCCAUUCUGUUUGCCCUCACUGUUGAUGGGGAAGAACUAAACAUUGUACGACAGGCCCCAGCAUUAACAAUCAACAAAGAUGUCUUCAGUAAUAUAUUACCAUCUUUCCCACAAAAGCCUGUUGUGGAACCUCUCCCAGUGUAUUCUGCUGAACUCACAGAUGGAUCCAAAACAGAAAAGAAGAAAAAGAAGAAGAAGAAGAAACGAAAUGCUGCUAUUGUUGCUAUCGAAGAUGAUGACAAUUUAUCACUGAACAGUGCAACUGAUGUGAAAGACUUACCACUUAAUGACUCAACAAUGAAGCGGGAAACGCCUGCUUCAAAUUCUGCCUUGAAGACGUCAAGUUUGGGCCAUAACCGUGCGUCCUCCUUCCCAGGUAACAUUACUCUUGUGACUGAAGGCUCCGCUGAGGAGAAAUCACAUGUGAAUGGACAAGAAAUUGUGUUCACCGCAAUAACGAAAUCCAUCUCUUUACCUGAUAACUCUAUACCUGUUGAAAACGUCGUCGAGAUUUCUCCGCCAGGAAGUAAAAACAGCAGCUUAGAUCUGGAAGAAGUUCUGGGCAAGGUGACAUCGGAACCUGAGUAUGUUACAGAUCGGGAAAGUGAACAAGAGUCCACUACAGGGGAGGGCAAGGGAAAUUUCGUCUUGGAUUUUUCGCGUACACAACCUAGGGUGGAGGGAAAAACAAACUUGCAGGAGGUAAAAAAUGAAACGGAACGUUAUGGCGAAAAACCGAUGCCCACAGAAAUACCAACUGUCUUUGAGGAUAGUGGUGAACCUGUGCUUCUGCCUCAAGAGAAUUCCAAACUUAGUGAAAACGAUUUUUUUCAAAGCCAGAAUACUUUCGACAGUAAACGUUUCAGUGGUGGUUCUUCGACUGUGAAAGCAGGUUAUUAUUCGAAAGAAAAAGACGAUUUGAGUCAAGGACCUCAGAGUGUGGGUUCAUUUCGUGUUUAUGGUUUAACAGAGGACGACGGUGCAACUGACGUAAACUUUUCAAUGGCACAGUUUCAAGUUCCUAAUGUAGUUGAAAUAAAGAACACUGAAGAAGAAGCCGUUACCAAUGAACCAGUUGUAAAUGGGCCACAGGGCUCUAUCGAUGUGAACUUGAUUGAGAGAGGGGACACGAAAAAUGAGCCCAUUGUUACACAUGAACACCUAGAUUUGAGAAAUAGCCCAGGUGAGAAAUUAUUAAAACAAGGAAGAACGAAUGAUCAAGAAAAUUUGGAUAAUGAAGAGUUUAGAAAUGAUUCGAACGAUUAUAACGAAGAGACAACUGGUGCUGAAUUGCAGCCUGGUACAUUUGAACCCGUGGUGUUGUUGGACAGCGGGGAAUCCCUAGUGCCUCUGACCGAGCGCGACCGUGAUAUAAUGAAAAAUGGGAUGUUUCCCAAUACUUCAAUGGAAAACGACCGCGAUUCGGUCUCGUUGUCAAGCUGGUCCAACUUGGAGGAUGGUGAAGAAUUCCCUGAACUAAAGGAUGAUUCCCCUCACAAUAACCACGGACGAGCGCGUGCUAUGACGUCACCGGAUGUUUCUGCAGCUGCUGCUGCCCUUGCGGCUUGUACUAACGCUCAGAAAGGGAUGGACAUCAUGUCUCGGGGCCUUGUAUCUAUGGAAAAUCAAGCCGGGAACAGAGACUUUUCUAGCAGACAAGAUGGAAUGAGCAAAGGUGAACUUAAGCAAGCGAUUGUGUCCAUGAUGUUAAGAAAAGAUGAAAUGGAAGAAAAUAAUAGGACCCUUCAGAAUAAACUUGCGGAAGAGCGCCAGAAAUCGCUUCAACUGCAUACAGAGACUGAGGACCUUAAGGGGGAAAUUAAAAAACAAGAGAACUUGAACGCAGCCAAGAUACAGUCUUUAUCCAGAGAAAACGAGUUGCUAAAGCACCAGUUGAAGAAAUACGUUGGGGCUGUACAAGCGCUGAGAAGCGAUCUGCGCAACAAGUCAUCUGAAACAACCGAAGCGUUAUCCGGAAUUAGACAAGAUGAUGUCUUACCUCCUUUGCCACCGGAAAGAUUCACAGAACUUUCUCAACAAAGCGAAGAGGCUGAGGAAUAUAAAAGGAAACUUAUUCAGGUCGCUGAUUUACAUGGAGAACUGCUAGAAUUUAAUGAGCGACUUCAUAAACAAGUCAGCUGUUACCAGUAUCAAGUCAGGAGAUUACGAGAAGAGCUUGUUAACCUCAGAGGACCGCUUCCUGAAGACCUGGAAACUCCUGACGACUCAUCAAGCCUGUCGGAGUUCGACCCUACCGUGAUAUCAGUCGGUACCAGACCGCUAGUGAAUGUGUGGAUACCGUCGGUGUUUUUGAGGGGGCGGUCAUCGAAUGUCCACCACGUGUACCAGGUGUACGUGCGGAUAAAAGAUGACGAAUGGAACGUCUAUCGAAGAUAUUCGCAAUUCUUUGAAAUGCAUAAAACGCUGCGUCGGAAUUUUUCUGUAGUUGAUAGUUUCAAAUUUCCACCUAAGAAGACGAUAGGAAACAAGGAUGCUCGGUUUGUGGAGGAUCGUAGAAGAAUGUUACAGGAUUACGUCAGAAGAGUCGUGAAUUUACACGUAACAACAAACCAGGAACUACGAAGCGACACCACGAAGACCACCCUGCUACAAAUUCUCCCUUUCUUUGCAGACCCUUUCCGACCAGAGAAGACUAAGAAAGAGACAACAUCAAGGAGAAAACGUUCACUAAAUUACAAUGGCUUGUGAUCACAAUUCCACUCAUCAUGGAGUUACAACACUGAUCAGCGGCUUAUUUCUCCUAACAGUUCCAAAACAAAGUCACGGACAUAGUUAGGAGAUUUCAGGACAUGAUCAUCAAAUAAAUCUUCAAGUCUAUAAGUAACAUUUUCUUUCCUUUCUACACGAGAACCGAUUGAUUUGCUUUGAGAAGCACAUUUCAAAGUUCUAUGCACACGCAGAGAAAAAAAUGUAUCGUGAGCCUUUCUCUGGGCAACAUUAUAUUUGCGAAAAGCGCGACGUUUUCACAAAGAAAUAAGAUACAACUUAAGUUCGCUUUAAUCUUCUCACACGUUUUUCUUCGAAUCAGGAAUUGAGAAUGAUGAAUGUAAAUGGGGCCUUCGGCGACUUUUAGUUUGACAUUGAAUUCAACAUUUUAUAGCUGCAUAUAAGUGUUUAGAGAUAUUAAUGGUUCUUUUUACUCGCCUUUUGAGAGGCAAAAUAUAGAUAGGGUUGUCUUUGAUUCUGUUGGUGUCUGGGAUUAAUUUUGAUUCAUUCCAGUCUUAAUUUCCAAUCUUUCCACUUGAUCAUUUUUUUUAUGUCCCACUGAAUGAUACUUGAAUUACUAGCACCUCGCUAUUGAGGCAAAUUAUGAAACUAUGUCGAGCUAUAUUUUACCAAAAAAAAAGCGACACUUCUAGGUGAUAGUUAUGUUUUCUAAGGAGAGAAUUUGGCUCACUUGAAUUUUUUUUUACGUUAUGUUUUUAUCUUUAAUUUAUUCAACAAAAAGAGAAGCUGUGGACGUGUCAAGGCUUUUUAUAAUUUCUAAAUAUGUUAUAAAGACUACGAUAAUAUAGCUGUCAGAAUCAGUGACACAGUAAAUAAAUUUUCAUAUUUCC